CAUUAUUAAUACGCGUAUAUGGGUCAGUGGCGACUCAUCGCUCGCGAGAGCUAAAGAUUUUCAAAUAAAGUCCCGAUGAACAUCCCACCAGCCCUCCUCCAACCCCGCGUCCAAACAGCACCUUUCAACCACAAUUACAUCCACCAUCCAACAUGCUCAAUUUCGGAAUCAUCGGGACGGGCUGGAUCACAGCCUCAUUUGUCACAUCGGCCCAUUCCACUAAGAAAUGGCAACUGCGCGCCGUCUACUCUCGCAACUCCAGCUCCGCCUCAGACUUCUCAUCGAAGUUCUCCUCUGAAGUCACAGAACCCAUACAAUCACACACGGAUCUGUCAGCGCUCGCAUCCAAUCCCGAUGUGCAAGCCGUCUACAUCGCUUCUCCAAACUCUCUUCACUACGCCCACGCAAAACAAAUGCUUGAGGGCGGGAAACACGUGAUCCUCGAAAAACCCGCGACAUCAACAUCAGCGGAACUGGACUCGCUCUUCGCGCUUGCCAAGUCGAAGAAUGUGUUCCUGAUCGAGGCCUUCCGACAUUUGCACGAGGUGAACUUCAAGAUCUUGAAGAAAGAGCUCAGCCGAUUGGGGCCUAUCUUCGGCGCGAGCCUCAACUACGCCGCGUACUCAAGCAGAUACGACAACGUGCUCAAGGGGGAGGUCCCAAAUAUAUUCAACCUCGAUUUCUCGGGAGGCUCGCUCGUUGAUCUGGGAGUGUACCCCGUCAGCGCGGCUAUUGCGCUCUUUGGGGCCCCGAAGUCGAGCUCGUAUUACCCUGUCAAGAUCUCGACGGGCGCAGACGGCGGAGGGACUAUUCUGCUGCAGUACGACGGCUUCACGGUGUCAAUUCUAGCGAGCAAGAUCUACACAAGCACCGCCCCGAGCGAAGUGUUCGGGGAGAAGGGAACGCUGAGCGUGCCGACGAUCACGGAUAUCGAGUCGGUGAAGUUCUUGGACGCGAAGCUGAAGGGAAAGGCGACUGAAUUAGGAGGUAAGAAGUGCGAUCUUAAUCUGAAGGAAGAGGCGGAAUUGUUCGCAGAGAUCAUUAAGGAAGCAGAUUGGGAUGCUGCUAAGGAGCUAGAAGCGCUAAGCCGGGCGGUCAUUGAGGUGACAGAGAGCUGCAGGAAAGCAAAUGGAUUGACCUUCAAGGUUGAGAAGAGUCAGUAGGAUGGUCGCAUGGAGGAGCAUAUGGUCUGGAUCAAGUAGCGACAUACCUAACAUUCACGCUUGUCGAAUAUCUUGAAAUGGAAAAAAAGAGUAUGCAAAAUAUGUUACUCGCGGCACGAAGGCUCAGUCUAGCAUAUCGUGAAACGCCUUCUCCAGUUCUAGUGUAUGACAUAUAUGCGGCCUUCGUUUUACAGGGCGGCUCUGUGUGAGU